AUGUGUAGCGUGGUAUUGUCUGUGGACCGAUCAGGCUUCAAACUGUGGAACAACGUGGCGUCCUGUAUGGAGAAAUGGUUCGGUGAUAAGCGGCUGUGGUUAUUCGGUAACAACCUGCCGCUGCUACCGAGGAGGUCGCGCGCCAGCAGCCGCGCGAUGGAGCGCUACGAGAAACUGGCUAAACUCGGCGAGGGAUCAUAUGGGCUAGUGUACAAAUGUCGUAACCGGGACACGGGUGAGAUAGUCGCCGUUAAAAAGUUCGUCGAGAACGAGGACGACCCACUCAUCAGGAAAAUAGCGUUACGCGAGAUACGCAUGUUGAAGAACCUCAAACAUCCGAACCUAGUGAACUUGAUCGAAGUGUUUCGUCGAAAACGCAAGUUGCAUCUAGUCUUCGAAUAUUGUGACCACACUGUGUUACAUGAAUUGGAGAAAUAUCCCUCGGGGUGUCCAGAGCUCCUCUCGAAACAAAUAAUCUGGCAAACUCUUCAAGGGGUCGCGUAUUGUCACCGACACAACUGCAUACAUCGUGACGUGAAGCCGGAGAAUAUUUUGCUCACCAGCGAGGGUGUUGUCAAGCUCUGCGACUUCGGAUUCGCCAGAAUGAUCAGUCCAGGUGAGAGCUACACGGAUUAUGUGGCAACGCGAUGGUACCGAGCACCUGAGCUUCUAGUGGGGGACACCAUGUACAGUACGCCGGUGGACGUGUGGGCUAUCGGUUGUGUAUUCGCCGAGUUGCUCUCCAGCGAAGCUCUGUGGCCUGGGAAGAGCGAUCUAGACCAAUUAUAUCUAAUAAGGAAAACUCUCGGCGAUCUCCUGCCGCGACACAUGACUAUAUUUUCGCAGAACACAUUCUUUCAGGGCAUGGCUUUGCCUGAACCCACGGUCAUAGAACCACUAGAGAAAAAAAUCCCUCAGCGAUAUGCCAAUAACGAACUUGUUAUAGAUUUUUUACAGAAAUGCUUAGACAAGGAUCCAAUGAUGCGUUGGACAUGCGAGCAGCUGUUACGGCACCCCAUAUUCGAGAAUUUCCUUUUCACAGUCCCCCAUUCGGACCAUGAGGAGUAUGAGAAGGCGAGGAGAGCUCAGGUGCAGUCAUCACCGCUGCUGCCGCAGCUGAUCGUGAACGAGCGCGGGAACCAGACCAAGGGCAAGAAGUCCGAGGUGGAGGGGCGCGCGCACCUCCCCACCAUCUGA